CACUACCACUAUCCUGCUGUGCUACGCGAGAAAAAAGACUUCCUUCGUUGGCUGGAUGGCAUUGACUUCAAUGAAGACCACGAGGCUACUCUCGGAAAACGCCAUCCCGGAACAGGCCAGUGGUUUAUCAAUCGCGACGAGUUCCAGCAGUGGUAUCGAAGCGGGCGUUCGACACUGCUGUGGUGUUGGGGCAUGCCUGGGGCUGGGAAAUCGGUUUUGGCAUCAAUCUCCUUGGAUUACAUUCGAACUACGGAAGACAGCAGGGGUGGCGUUGGCAUAGCCUACGCGUACUUGAAGUACGACUCGCGCGAGCAUCAGAAUCCAGCACGAGUCCUAGCUUCCUUUCUCAAACAGCUCUGCCAGAAGCUCGAUGAGGUCCCCGAGGACAUAUUCAACAUAUUCUUAAAAUUUGAGAGGAACGACAAGGCCCCAACUGUCCGCGAGUAUUAUCAAAUGCUCUACGAUAUUGCAGUCAACUAUUUUCAGGAGGUAAUACUGGUUCUUGACGCCCUCGACGAAUGCGAUCAAGAUAGACGGGAGGAGCUCAUC